CUUACGAUAUAUUUGAUCGAUAAAUAAAACUUGCAUUAAAUUGGUCAAAAUGUAAAAAUUUGAAGAGCUGGAAAGGAAAGAACUGCGGCGCGUCGUCGAACGGAAAACUUAAUAUUAUUAACAUAAUAUGUGCGUUGGCGUGUGUGAGUUUGUGUGUAAGGAAAAAAGCAGUGGCAAGAAACACAAAUAGCAAAAGGACACGGCAGCUCCAGGCCGAUUGCAGCGUAUUUUCAGUAUUUUUCAAUUAAAAGAAGUUUUUAAUUAUAAAGCAGAGCUUUACUCUCAAAAUAAUAAAAUUAAGUGCCUGCCGCCUUGUAUUUGUUCUGCUUAACCAUGGCCUACACGAAUGGUUGAAUAUAGCAAAAGGAUUCCUCGGCACUGCCAAUUUACAAGAACAACAACUGAAAGAACGACGGCCACUCCUUUUGUGUCCGACUCCCCUUGAUGUGGAUGUGUGCGUGUUCGGUUCGUGUCCGCGUCCGUGUUUGUGUAUUGUAAUUGAAAAUUGUGAUUACUGUAUGAAUUAAGGCUGCAAUAUCGUAAUAAUUAAGAAAGUGGCCGGGCAAUAAAAAGUGAAAAUUUCCUGCGUUUUUUGUGUGUGUCUGCAGAAACAAAAACAAAAACAGCAACUGCAACUACAACUACAGUUAGAGAUAAGAAGCUCUCACUCACACAUACACACCUACGCUACAUUCACACGCGAGCAGAACAGAACGAGUGUAGUGUGCGUGCGUGUGCCUGUUUUUAUGACUCACGGCUGGGCCAGAGUGUGGGGGAGCGAGUGAGAGAGCGAUAGUAGCUGAGCUGCUUGACUACCUACGGCAACAAAACAGUUAAAUUUCCCAAGCUGAGAGCGUAACUAAUCGCGUUUGGAAGAAAAUUCCAAAGUCUCCGCCGGAGACAAAGGAAGAACGAGAAACGAAAGAGAGUGAAAAACCGACAGCACAGAAACCCAAACAGAAAAACAUCACGAACAUGAGUUUCGCCAAGUGGUUCAAGAAAAAGGAGCAGAUCUCCGAGAUCGGUGCACCCACAAAUUUCCAGCGGCACUUCCAUGUCUCCCGCAACCAGGAAACGGGCGAUCUGGAGGGUCUGCCCGCGCCCUGGGUGCGGCUCAUGAACUCACAGAUCACCCGGGACGAGCAGGACAAGAAUCCCGAUGCCGCCUACCAUGCCGUCAAGUACUACAACUACUCGAUCAAAAAGAAGGAAACCGAGGUGUUCAAGCCCUUCAUCACCGAGGAUGUCAUCCAUGAGGAGUCAAAGGAGAUUGAGAACUAUGUCAACUACAAGAACAAACACAAGUCCCAGGAUCCGGAGAAGUCGGAUGACGAUGGCAGCUCCACGGCCACCGAAACGGAGACCAGCAGCGGCUGCGGCUCCUCCGCGGGGAACAGCAACAGCAGCAGCAUCAACGACAGCAGCCAGCAGUCCCAUGGACCAUUGGACGGCCACAGGCCCCUCGAUGAGAUGUUCAAGGAGCUCAAAUCGAAUCUGGAGCACCGCGAAACGCUGAGGGCCGCGCCAGCCAUGUCCAACAGCCUACAGGAGCCACCGCCAGUGCCGCCCAAAAAGUCCACGCACACGAUGCCGCCCAAGCCACAGAUCAAGCCAAAGCCCCGAGUCACCCAGAAGUUCUCGCGCUCCUCCGACCUGCGGCGGGAGGAUGACGACCACAAGAUCAACACAGACACCAUCAUCAUCAAGCCGGCGGCGCCGGGCCAGCAUGUCGACGCCUCCGAGGACAAUCCCGAUGAGACGAUACUGCGCCGGUCCAAGGAGAAGCGGGCCCAGAAGACCGAUGCCGAGAUCUACGAUGAACUUCGAGCCAUCUGCAAUCCCGAGGAUCCGCGGGAGCGCUACAAGACCACCCAGGAGGUGGGCAAGGGGGCCUCCGGCAUCGUGUUCAUUGCCGGAGAUCUGACAAACGAGUCCCAGGUGGCCGUCAAGACGAUCGACAUGAAGAACCAGUCCUCGAAGGAUCUCAUACUCACCGAAAUCCGGGUGCUUAAGGAUUUCAAUCACAAGAACCUGGUGAACUUCCUCGAUGCCUAUCUGCUGGAGCCCGAGGACCAGCUGUGGGUGGUCAUGGAGUACAUGGACGGCGGCCCACUCACCGACGUCGUCACCGAGACUGUGAUGAAGGAACGCCAGAUCGCCUGCGUCUGCCGCGAGGUGCUCUAUGCCAUUAGCUUCCUUCAUGCGAAGGGCAUCAUCCACCGCGACAUCAAGUCGGACAACGUGCUGCUCGGUAUGGACGGGUGCGUCAAAGUGACAGACUUUGGGUUCUGUGCCAAUAUCGAGGGCGACGAGAAGCGCCAGACGAUGGUGGGCACCCCCUACUGGAUGGCGCCCGAGGUGGUCACGCGAAAGAAGUACGGCAAGAAGGUGGACAUCUGGUCUAUUGGCAUUAUGGCCAUCGAGAUGAUCGAGGGCCAGCCGCCCUACCUAUACGAGACGCCGCUGCGAGCCCUCUACCUGAUCGCUGCCAACGGACGGCCCGAUGUCAAGAGCUGGGACAAGCUGAGCCCCAAUCUGCAGGACUUCCUUGAUCGCUGUCUCCAGGUGGAGGUCGAUAGACGGGCCACCGCCGAUGAGCUGCUGAGCCAUCCCUUCCUCAACGACUGUAGCGAGGUCAAGGCCCUGGUGCCCAACAUUAAGGCAGCCAAAAAGGUCCUCCGUCGCAACGUAUAGUUAAUGUGCAAUCAUCGGGCGGCGAGGCUGCUCUAUGCGUGAUCGAGACCACCACUACAAAAGCCCGAUCCCGAUACCCAGAGCGCCCCCUGACCAGCCCAGCCCCCUGUGUAUAAUGAGUUUUCAAUGUAAAUUUGAUUUUGUGUCGAAGAAACUGGAACUGGAAUAGAAUGCUGAUUAUAGUCUUUGUAGAAACCCCGUAAAAUAGCAAAAACAGGAACUGCAGCAGCACCUAGGACUGGAUGAACUCCCCCGUUGAAAACAGCAGCAGCAGCACGUGUGACAGCCGAGAGCAAACCAUCGCCGUGCCCGCGCACUGGAGUCUUCGUCAUCGGUCUCUCAUGCAGAACGGCGGAUGGAGCGGGAGGAGUUAUCGCUUAGAUUAGAUUGUCCUACGGCAAAAAAAUUAGCUUAUUUCGUACAUUGUAAAAAUGUAUGUGACCACAAACACACACAUAUGAUAUAGAUAUUGUAUUAUUAACUGUUUUGGACAUAAGUUGGAUUAAUCUUGAUAUACCCGUAUAUAUACAUAAUUGUGAUUUAAGCGAUUUUAUCAAAUCUGCAUUAUGCAAUUCUACAUAAAAUUCGUCGUAGUCUCUAAGUUAAAACAAAACCCUCCCACACAUACACGCGCAAACACACACAGUAAACCCCUUGCAAUACUUGUUGUAAAUUACCAAAAAAGAAAAAAAA